AUGCACGCCUCCACCAUUACCUCCACCCUCCUCCUCUCCAUCCUCUCCCUCGGCGCCCUCGCCAGCCCGACUCCCGCCGAGGCCGUGAACAACCUCCACAAGCGCGACGACACCUGCGAGUCGGAAAACAUCGCCGGCUUCUACAAGCGCUGGAACAUCUGGGUCGACAACGAUGACGACCACAACGACGAGUGCGGCAGCGGCUGCCUCGACAACAUCCGCGGCCGCUGCGGCAGCUCCGUCACCGACUGGGGCUGCAACCGCGACGACAACGGCCAGGGCUACUACCACUUCAACACCCCCACCACCUGCUCCGAGUACGACAUGACCCAGGCCCUCAAAGCCUGCCUGGACGGGAGGACCAUUGACUGCAACGUUGUCUAA